AUGGCGAGUGGAAAAGAUGCAACCUACAACAUCAAUAAUUUCUGUGAUUACAUACGGACUUCCUUCUCGGAGUUUCUGAAGCUGCAGCCGACUCUCCAUAGAGACGAAGUUCAUAGGAUACUUCACGAACCCGCCAUUAUUAGAUACUACAGACCGACCAAUCAGCCAUGGCGGUACUACCUGAUCAGCCUCUUUCAGAUUCACAACGAGACUGUCAAUGUGUGGACACAUUUGAUUGGUUUUAUUAUUCUGUGGUGGAUUAUGGGAGAAUUGUCUGCAGAAUAUGACGUAUGGACGGAAAUACACUCAUGGCCUAUGUUGGUAUUCGGAUUGUGUUGUGUGAUAUCUACAAUGACUAGUGCAUGCGUACAUUUACUUCACUCCCGGUCUGUAUAUCAUCACUACAGCCUGUUUAUGAUAGACUAUGUUGGAGCCACUGUGUAUUCAUUUGGUUCCGGUAUACAGGCCUUUUACGCAUGCUCAGAUAAAGCGACUUACGAAUACGUAGGAUCGAAUUACUUGCCGCUAUUGACUUUUAUGUCAUGGCUAAACUUUAUAGUACUUUGUCUUUCCAAGUUGCUCUUUGGCCAUAAUCCAUGUGACGUCAGAAGGAAGCUCAUGAUGAUUGCAAUGAUGACGAUCCAAGCCGCACUUGUAACACUUCCGUUUGGGCCUCGCUACUUCCGGUGCUACGUUAGUGAUACCUGUUCCUUAUCAUCUCUUAAUCACUUAACUAUCAGCUGGAUUUUCUUUGCUUCUUGCGCAUUUUUCUUUGGAAGCCAUUUACCAGAAAAGCUAUACCCGGGUAAGUGUGACGUUUUAGGUCAGGGUCAUCAGAUUUUCCAUGUGGUCAGUGUGGUUAAUCAAAUCUGGCAGUUUCAUUCCAUGAGACUUGACCUUUCUUCCGGAGCUUCGGAUCACACUGACCCCGAUAUAGUGAUUAUUAUGGUGGCAUUCUCGGUGCUUUUAACAGUAGACAUAGUCUCAUAUGUGUUGCUCAAGAAACUUAUCCCUUCCUUCGCCAAGGAAGAAAAACAAUCCUAA